AUGUCUACGGACCAUGGCUCAUCCUCAUCAUCGUCAUUUUCACCGAUAAGAAUCGUGCGGAGUUUGUUUAAUCAAUUAACGGCUCCACCACGUCCUGCUCCCCAAACAGCCUAUGUCAACGGAAAUAACCGCCCACCACCAAAUCCCGAGCCUCGUCCUGUUCCUCAGACUGCCUACAUCCAAGGAGCAUCAACCUCAGCUACUCAAUCAAUUGUCCACCAGCCACAGAGAUCCCCAUCUGGGUCUACAUCACCGCCAAAGAAAGAUGAGGAAGAGGAGAAGGAGAAUCGGGCCAUUGAGUCGCAGCUACAGAAAGUCGAUGAAUCGCAUGAAUCCGUUCACGUGCUAUCGAAUUUCGUCUUGAAACUGGCUGAGAAGGGUGUGGACGGAGUUCGAGCUGAAUAUACUAGCAUUGAUGGUUCGCUCUCUCCCUCUACCAGCUGCGAAGCUUUUCACAAUAAUAUGGAAAAGAAUCGAUAUUCUGAUGUUUUCUGCACAGAAUCGACUCGUGUGAAGCUUUGGUUCCCUAACACAAAACAUCAUAGCGACUAUAUCCAUGCAAAUCGUAUCAGCGACCCGAUUCUUCCUCCAAAUCACUAUAUUUGCACCCAGGGCCCCACCAAAGAGACUGCACAAGAUUUCUGGCGGAUGGUAUUUCAAGAAAGGACUGAGAGGAUUAUUAUGUUAUGCAACCCUCUCGAAGAAGGACGGAUGAAGUGCGCUUUAUAUUGGCCGGACCAGGAGACAAGCAUUCUCGAAUAUCCAACCCUAAUUGUCAAAAACCUUGGAGAAACCGAAGAUGAAUUCAUCACCACCAACCUCUCCCUCGAGCGCAACCCAAAAUACGAAUGGCAAAUGCAAGAUCUUCCGCUUCUUCAUGUGAAGUUGAUUCGCUGGAAUUCAUGGCCAGACCGUGGGGUACCAUCCCGGCAAUCUCAGCUUUUACAGCCAUUGAUAUUGCUCGAUCGAGUACGCGGCUACCGUACUGUCAUUCAUUGUUCGGCCGGAAUCGGACGUACUGGAUGCUUGAUGGCAUUGGCCAUUGCUUACGAACAAUUACGCCAUGGAAAGAUGGUCGAUUUUGAUCAGAUAGUACGAGAGCUACGCAGACAACGAGCCCAGAGUAUCCAGACGGAAGUACAGUACCUCUAUAUUUGCAGGGUUAUUGUGGAGUAUGCUUUCAAGCAUGCUGGCCUCAGCAAAAAAGCUCGCAUCGCUGGGCAGUCCUUUUUGGCUGAUUACGACCAGAAAACCCGACGCCCAUAUUUUGCCGCCGCUGCGGCUGAA